UAAUAUUUAUAAUAAAGCUAUUUCUAAUAAAAUGAAAACAUUAAUGUAUUCUAUAUUAACAUUAAAAGCACAAGAACAAAUCUUUGAAAUAUUAAAUAAUAUUAAAGAAUCUGAUGAAUUAGAAGCUGCAA